AUGAGCGACGAUACACCAGCUCCACCAGAGUUCCUUCUAGGCCCCAUCAUUCGCCUGCGCGAGCUCAAAGUUCCUCAGCUCCCCGAACACGACACACUUAAGCAGUAUCAACAGAAAGCGCCCGUCGAGCUCCAGCGAUUUGUCACCGAUGCCCUCACCGAGGGACACACCUUUAUAAAAGAGUACCUGGCACGGAAAGCAACAGUCGUCACACAGAACAAGGCUUCCCCACCAUCCACCGAGCCCGUCGAGGUGCGAUACCACAAAGUCCACGUUGGUCUCCUCGAAGCGAAGCCUGUCUUUGGCGUUCCCACGCCUGGCAGUACUGGGUCAGGCCGAAUCGAUCACGCAUCAGAAAACUGGUUUGGUCGCAUCAGCGCGCACGAGAAUGCAGCGAAAGAGGGCACGGCGAGCUGGCAGGAGUUCUACGAUGGACUGAAGGCGAACCACAACCUGCACGAGGUGGACUAUACGCCGGACUGCAUCAAUGCCCAUAAAGUGCUCGACUGGAAUGCCCAGCUGGCUACCCAUCAGAACAAGAUCGGAGACUGGGAGGACGUGACAAUGGAAGUCUGGCAGAUGACACACAAGAUGCCAGUACCGGUCCUCAACAAGCGGCUCUUUACCGUGCUGGUCAUCACAGCUUCAAAGCCGAACAAGGAGUUCAUAACACUGCAGAUCCCCGCCGACUCCGCGAUGCACAAGCAGGUACCCACUGCUUUGGAUCCAAACAAAGUUGGGACGAAGGGCAUCUAUGUCAGCGUUGAGUGGUGUCAACUGGUCGACGAUGGCAAGAAGGUCAUGUGGCAGAUGUACACGGCGAGCGAUGCAGGGGGCGUACUGCCAAUGUUUGCGCAGAAAAUGGCGAUGCCGAAUGCAGUAGCGCAGGAUGUUGGGUUGGUCAUGGACUGGACUGAGAAGAAGAGGAAGGGAACGGCGCAGGUCUCGGUGGAGUGA